ACAACCGACCAAUCACUGAGUAGCAAGAGAGUGUAUAAGGACCCUACUGCGUGCUUGUUGCGGUUAUCAACUGAGUUUUGUAUUGCUCGCAUUAAAUAUGUCAGGUAGAGGCAAAACCGGCGGUAAGGCGCGAGCAAAGGCCAAGACUCGCUCAUCCCGGGCCGGACUUCAGUUCCCGGUGGGUCGUGUCCACAGACUGCUUCGCAAAGGCAACUACGCUCAGCGCAUCGGUGCCGGCGCCCCCGUCUACUUGGCGGCCGUGCUCGAGUACCUGACUGCCGAGAUUCUGGAGCUGGCCGGCAACGCCGCCCGCGACAACAAGAAGACCAGAAUCAUCCCUCGUCACCUGCAGCUGGCCGUCCGCAACGACGAGGAGCUCAACAAGCUUCUCGGUGGGGUCACCAUCGCCCAGGGUGGAGUUCUGCCCAACAUUCAGGCCGUGCUGCUACCCAAGAAGACCGAGAAAGCCGGCAAAACAAACUCUUGCAGCAGACAGAAUGUCCGGUCGAGGAAAGGGAGGUAAAGGUUUGGGGAAAGGCGGCGCCAAGCGUCACCGCAAAGUCCUCCGCGACAACAUCCAGGGCAUCACCAAGCCCGCCAUCCGCCGCCUGGCUCGCCGCGGCGGAGUCAAGCGAAUCUCGGGCCUCAUCUACGAGGAGACCCGAGGCGUGC